AUGGCUAACCACACUCCCAAGGAUGUGGCUUACUCGCCACCACAAUCGCAGCCAACCCCUUCUCUCGAGCGACUCGACUCGCCUAUCCCCUCGCGCGCGACGUCGAUAGACGCAGAUGGACUCUUGGAUGGAUCGUCGACAGCGGGGCGGAAGCGAAAGCUCAACAGCAUGUCGUCGCGGGGAGUCGCCAACCUCACCCCCGAUCAAUUAGCGAAGAAACGGGCGAAUGAUCGUCAGGCGCAACGGGCGAUUCGCGAACGGACCAAAGGCCACAUCGAUGCUCUAGAGCAACAAGUUCGAGAUCUCUCAUCUCAAAAACCAUUCCUCGAUCUUCAAGCAGCUCUGCGCCAAAAUGAGACCAUUCGCGCGGAGAACGCAGCGCUUCGUCAAGGCCUCCACGCCGCCAUGGACAUUAUCCAACCAUUGUUGGCAAAAUCGGAGCUACCGGAUGCAAUCCCUGCUCUACGAAUGCCGGCGCCCGCCCCGCUCCCUUCACAUACUCCCCCCUUCCCCGACUCAGAUCAAUUCACCUCCCACCCGGCACAGCUCUCAGUCGAGAAACAAGAUGCUGAAUCCAUGGCCAGCCUCGACACACCCUCUCCCACACACUCCGCACCAACACCCAGGAGCCGCCGCAACAGUGCAAAUGGAGGUCCCCCUUCAAUCUCCUUCCGCCUCGCAUUGGAUUCCCAACGUCAUAAUAUUACCCAUGGGUUAGAUCUGGGCGCGGAGGAACGUCUAGGCUUCAACUUCCUCCUAGAUGCUUCUCAUAGCGUGCCCAAGAUCGACCUCAGCCGCAGCGACUCAGAGAAUUCCCGCUUUCUGCACCAUAAACCUCAGUCGCCAGUAUACCCGAGCUCAUUGAACGAAUCAGCAGAGCGUGGAUCGCUUGCAUCCGCUACUCCGAUUCAGAAUGUGGCAGCGACGUGUCCGCUGGAUACCAUUCUUUUGGACUUCCUCCACAGCCGGCAACGCGAAGCCGCACAGGGAAUCCCCAGACAGAAACUCGCCGGUCCACCGUAUCCGAGCGUAUCCUCAUUAUUGAACCCAGAGAAGAGUGUGUUCUCACAUCCCGUCUCGAAAGUAUUCACGGAUAUCUUGCGCACAUUCCCAGAUAUCUCAUCCUUGCCAGAGCAGGUCGCUGUGCUUUACUGCAUGUUUCUCCUCAUGCGGUGGCAGAUUUACCCAACACAAGAGAACUACGAGCGGCUUCCUGAAUGGUUCACACCCCGUCCGACUCAGCUACUACAGGCGCAUCCAGCUUGGAUGGACUAUGUUCCCUGGCCAGCAAUGCGGGAUCGAAUCAUCACAUCCCAUCAGAACUACCCAUUUGAGCACUGGUUUAUUCCAUUCACCAGUGGUCUCAGUGUCAAUUGGCCUUACGAGGCUACCGACUGCCUACUAUCGGCAGGUGACUCGGAAGAAUUGGUGAUCAAUCCUGUCUUUGAGCGGCAUAUGAGGAAUUUGUCAAACUGGUCACUGGGAACUUGCUUUGCGGAGACUUUUCCCUCCUUGGCAGACACUGCAGAGAUCAAGCCGAAGGGUUCAAGCUCGACGACCCGCUCGCAAACAACCCAUUGA